GUGACCGAGAGAAAACAUACAAACGUUCCGAAACAACAACAAAGCAAUACAGCUUCGACGCAUUUCCCGACCAAUUUGCUAUCAAAACUAUCUGUUUCAAUCGUACAGAAUGGCCGAUUUUGAUUGGAACGAUCACCACCGACAGCAGGUGCUACAGGGACGGCAAAUAUUAGAACGAACGUCUGCCAGUCUGGCUCGUUCGAAUCAAAUUGCCAUCGAGACCGAACAUACGGGUCAUGAAGUAAUUAACGAACUUGAAGUGCAGCGUGAAUCUCUUCUACGCAGCCAGCACCGUUUGGAGAACGCCAAUGAUGAUCUAAGCAAGUCCGGUGCCAUCCUUCGUGCGAUGAAGCGGAACGUAUUGUACAAUAAGCUCAUUUUGAUAAUGAUCAUCGUGAUGGAGGUGGUUAUACUCGCGGGCAUGAUUACAUUAAAGUUCUUAUAGCGAAGGAAAUAUAAUGCAACGGAAUCCCAAAGUGUAA